CCUCAACCCUUAAGGCAUGAACUGUUUUCUCUUCACCGGGGGAACCGAGCCGAUAAGCGGAGCUGAGAGAUAAAAGACAUGUUUUUCUCGUUCCGCCAGAAGAGCUGUAGCGACCGACGUGUGAGACAGCGGUGUGUUUAUGGACAUGUUUACAUUAUCGCUGCGUUUCUGUGAGGUGACUCAGACUGGAUGAAGCCUCGUGUGAGAUGAUCAGGAUGAAGUCCACACGUAGCUUCAUGUUUUUAAUUUGUCCCAUCAUGGUGCUGAUAUUCCUCUACUAUUCGUCUGGCAGACUGCACCUACGGAGCCCAGUCCAGAAAUCUCAGGCUGAUUUGGAUAGGUUACUCUCCGCGGGACGUGUAGUAGCUUCAGAAUACGACAAGCAGGGAUUCCUUACCAAGCUUGACAGAAAACUGCCUCUGGAGCUGCGGUAUAAAUAUGGUAAUCUCAGUAAAGGCGAGUGUAAACCGGGUUACACAGAGGCCAAGAUGACUUCAAUCUAUCCAAAGUUUUCAAAACCUGCCCCCAUGUUCCUUGAUCCAAAUUUCAAGCGGCUAUCAAAGAUCAUCAGUUACCCGCCUCCGUUUGGAGUAAGAACACAAGAAAAGAUCAUUGAUCAUAUUUUACAAGCUACAAAGAGAUAUUCACUUGGUUCAGAACUGGACAGUAUAAGUUGUAAGAAGUGUAUUAUCAUUGGCAAUGGAGGCAUUCUGUUCAACAAGUCCCUGGGAUCCCAAAUCGAUCAGUAUGAUGUUGUUGUACGACUGAACGAGGCUCCAGUUGCCGGGUUUGAGAAGGACGUCGGCUCGAAGACCACCAUGCGUAUCACGUACCCUGAAGGAGCCAUCCAGAAACCUGAGCGCUACGAGAAGAGCUCGCUUUUCGUCUUAUCUGCCUUUAAACCCAUGGACUUCAAAUGGCUGCGUCUCAUGGUGUUUAAUGAAAAGCUGCGGAGUAUGGAGGGAUUCUGGAAGUCUGUGGCACGUGUCGUUCCCAGAGAGCCAGAAGACAUACGGAUCCUGAACCCGUAUUUCAUCCAGGAAGCGGCCUUCAAAUUCAUCGGCCUUCCAAACAACAAUGGCCUCAUGGGAAGAGGGAAUAUUCCUACAUUGGGGACUGUUGCGAUUACGAUGGCUCUUCAUAGCUGUGAUGAGGUGGCGGUGGCCGGAUUCGGAUAUGACAUGAACACACCUCACGCACCUCUGCACUACUAUGAGAAACUCAUUAUGUCUGCAAUCAAAGAGUCAUGGACGCACAACAUAUCCAAAGAGAAAGAGUUUCUCCGAAAGCUGGUGAAGGGGGGUGUCAUCCGGGACCUGACCAACGGGAUCUGACGUCACGUCCCAGUCAUGCAGCGGAUAGAAUGUAUUCACCAUAUCACUGGUGACCAGCAUCCCAGCCGAUGAACUCACACUAACUCGAGCCAUCAAACAUCCAGAGAUGUUUGAGCCAAUCGCAUGAUGCCGCCGGAGGAAGUGACCUCACCUCAUAUGCUGGACGGUAUCCAUGGCAACCUCACCUCAAACAUGGUAAUGCUUGUUUUAAGAUGCCACCUAGGCGAGAAAGAGUCCGUCCCUGUGCGCCACGGCGGGCGCCCGGCAGAGACUGGAAGCGUGCUGCUUUCUCCUGUUUUUUUUAUUCCACUGUAUUCCGUAUUUAUUAGACAGUAUUUUGAUCUAGUCAUUAAGAUGCUUUAUUUUUUUAAGCUGUGUCAGCUUGAUUGCUUUAAUAAUGUUCUCUUCAAUCUCAGGCUAUGCACAACAGCACACAACAAAUGAUUGUCUCUGUUGAUUUUCUGCUGCUCUUCUGACGUGUGCCAUUUAAAGGGGUCAUAUGAUGCGAUUUCAAGUUUUCCUUUCUCUUUGGAGUGUUA